ACUGACAGCUCAGCUUUUUUUUAAUUUAAAUGGGACGUUCCUGGGACCUUUAUAUGCAAGCCUGCCCAUAAAAGUAGAGCUGCACAUAUCAGCACAGACAAAGAAACAGAAAGGCAUAGUGAGAGAGAGGAAGAAAGAGAGAGGGACAGAGACAGAGAGUGAGAAUGAGAGCGAGUGAACGAGUCAGAGGUUAAAAGGAGAGAAGCUUACUUCGAAGCAGUACUCAGUCCUUGGAGAGAGACGUGGAAAGGCUGACCCGCAGCGCAGAUGGGACGACUCAGACGCACUGUGAGUGAGAGUUCCAGGCUCAAGGAAGCCCAUCAAGAGAAUGGAGUCAUUCAGACGACGGCCACGCAGUACAGCUCUGUCUCCCCUCCAGCCUCCCCGGUGUCCCAGGAGGAGCCCUUCUCCACCUACUUUGAGGAGAAGGUCCCCAUUCCAGAGGACAUCAGUGAGAUGGGGUUCAGCUUCCGGAAGCUGUGGGCUUUCACAGGACCCGGGUUCCUGAUGAGCAUCGCCUACCUGGACCCAGGGAACAUUGAGUCAGACCUGCAGUCUGGUGCCGUAGCUGGGUUUAAGCUGCUCUGGGUGCUCCUGGGGGCCACCAUCAUAGGCCUCCUGCUGCAGAGGCUGGCAGCCCGGCUGGGCGUGGUCACAGGAAUGCACCUGGCAGAAGUGUGCCACCGGCAGUACCCCAUGGUACCGCGCAUUAUACUUUGGCUGAUGGUGGAGCUGGCCAUUAUUGGCUCAGACAUGCAGGAAGUCAUUGGCUGCGCCAUCGCCUUCAACCUCCUCUCCAUGGGCAGGAUUCCUCUGUGGGGGGGUGUUCUCAUCACCAUCAUCGAUACCUUUGUUUUCCUCUUCCUGGACAAAUAUGGUCUAAGGAAACUUGAGGCCUUUUUUGGGUUUCUUAUAACAAUUAUGGCUGUCAGCUUUGGAUACGAGUAUGUGGUGGUGCGUCCGGACCAGGGGGAGGUCCUAAAGGGGAUGUUUGUGCCUUAUUGUGCCGGCUGCGGCACGCCGCAGCUGGAGCAAGCUGUGGGCAUUGUGGGUGCUGUUAUUAUGCCGCACAACAUCUACCUGCACUCCGCCCUCGUCAAGUCCCGGCAGGUCGACCGCAGCAACAAGAAGGAGGUGAAGGAGGCCAACAAGUACUUCUUCAUUGAGUCGACUAUUGCGCUCUUUGUCUCCUUCCUUAUCAAUGUCUUCGUGGUGGCUGUGUUUGCUGAGGCCUUCUACAACAAGACCAACUGGGAAGUGAAUAUGAAGUGUAAUCAGAGCAGCAGUCCCCACACUGAUCUCUUCCCCCCAGUAAACACCACCCUGCAGGUUGACAUCUACAAAGGGGGCGUGGUGCUCGGCUGCUUCUUCGGCCCUGCGGCUCUCUACAUCUGGGCAGUUGGGAUCCUGGCCGCAGGCCAGAGCUCCACCAUGACAGGGACCUACUCUGGCCAGUUUGUCAUGGAGGGCUUUCUGAACCUGCACUGGUCACGUUUCGCCCGUGUGCUGCUCACUCGCUCCAUCGCCAUCACACCCACGCUGCUGGUGGCCAUCUUCCAGGACGUGCAGCACCUGACGGGCAUGAACGACUUCCUCAAUGUACUGCAGAGCAUGCAGCUGCCGUUUGCCCUGAUCCCAAUCCUCACCUUCACCAGUCUCACCUCCAUCAUGAGCGAGUUUGCCAACGGACUGGUGUGGAGGAUAGCUGGAGGGGUGGUGAUCCUGGUGGUCUGCGCCAUCAACAUGUACUUCGUGCUUGUCUACGUGACCACCCUGAACAGCGUGCUUCUCUAUGUGUUGUCCGCCCUCCUGUCCGUUGCCUACCUGGCCUUCGUGGGUUACCUGGCCUGGCAGUGCCUCAUCGCUCUGGGUGUGUCCUGUCUGGAUGUGUGCAGCAGGGUAAGGAACGGGCCUGCAAUGUUAAUAGAGGAGCAGCCGGAAUUCGACUCUUAAAUGGGCCCCCAGCAGAAUUCCCACAAUCCUUUUCAGCAUGCUUCUCAAAGUGAGGCUGUCCAGGAGAGGGCAUUGGGAUAUUGGAGGCGGCUUGAUCAAGCAGAUGUGUGUUUUUAAACUGGUAUGACUGCACUUGUAUUCCCCUCCAAAAUCAAACUAGAGGCACAGAGGUAUGUUUCUUUUAAGCAUACCUUUGUACCUUUUUCGCUUCUUGCUUUAGGUCACCAUAACACAAUGAUAGCGUUUCAUAUGAUUUAACGCGAUUUAGAGGAUUUUUUUGGUAUAACCCAUAACUGUUUCCUCAUUUUUCCAAACAUCCUGAAUUAAGUAAGUCAGCCUUUAUGAUUAUUUUUAACAUGUAUUUUACAUAUUUUAUUUUUUGUUAAUAUUUAAUUUAGUAUUUCUGGGUAUUUUGUGUGCCUUUGGGUCCAGACGGAUGUUUUAGAAUUCAAACAGCUGCUGUUAUUUGUCAGUUCAAGUUCAUUCAUUUAAUGACUGCGGUAGAACAGAACACUGAAUUACUAACAUUAUGUAUAACUUGAUGGAAGAAAUUGCUCAUUAUGUUUUAGAGAGAGCAGCUACAAUGUGGAUACCUUCUUCGGUUUAGGAACUGAAGAGGCAGGCGUGCUUAUAAGCAGUCCAGCCUUUUCCAAAGCCGAGCAUAACGCGACCACUCGCAGUCUGAGUGGAGUGAACAGUGUUUCCUCUUGGUUCUUGAUGGUAUCAUUACAAAAUGCUCAGUUUUUGGAUCUGCAGGUCUUUUUGAAUAACAGAAGCUUGUUCGUAGAGCUGCAGAAUAUCUUCAGUGUGCAGAACAUGAAGGCACAACUGCAGGUGUUUGAUGCUUACUGUAUGCCAUGACCCGGUGUCCAAUAACAUGAAGCUGUUUACCAGGUUGUAAGCUGUUUAGUCAGAUAUAAUGAAUCUCAAAUUCUCAGUUUAAAUGUGAAAUAUUUGGUAUUGUGUGUUUUUGUUGUCCCUUUCCCUCUGUGUUGCCCAUCAGUAUUUUAAUUUGCAUGCCAUUGGUGCAGGACGUUGCAGACCCACCAGUGUUUUUUGUACAAUAUUUUAUUAUGAUUAUUAUUGACAUCAUCAGGUCAUUUCUUAAUUGGAUUUGGAAAGUGAGUCUGUCGUUGAUAACGUCUCCUAGAAUAAGCCAGAAGUCUUCCUGUUUUUUUUUUAAUGUUGAUUUACUGGUGGAACCCUAAACGUAUUGAAACAAGCUUGUUGUGAGAAACCAUAGCAGCGGUGUGAAUCAACGACAGAUCAUGUGUGGAAAUCUCUCUGGCUGAGGCCUCGGGUGGUAUUGCAGUAGAAAAGAGGGAAGGGCUGGUACAUUCAUUCCAGCGUGACAGAUGGUGACUCUGCACCAUAGAGCCACCCAGUAACACAACCGUCCUACCUUCAUGGACUUUGAGGGUUUCCGAACGACUCUCCCAAUUUACCUGUUAUUUUUAAUAUAUUUUCAAGCACAGGUUUCAUUAAACCAGAUCACUAUUGUCUGUAUGUGCGUGUGCCUCUUGACAUCACUGCACAUUGUGAACCUUUCCGUUAUAACAUUAUACUUGAGUUUGAUUUUCCGUUAUUUUCAGUUACCGUGUAGCAUUCUCAUUAACAAAGCUGAUUGGAUCAUUUUAAGCACUGGAACGGAAUGGGUACUUGAGGCAGCUGAGCCAAGACUGUAUCAUUUUCCUCUGGACUGCUGUACUUUCACAAACACAAAUUAUCAUUGUUAAUGUUCAGAAAGGCCUUGAAGAAACAAACAACGUUGACUUGUUUAAAACUUUGUAGCAGUUCUAAUCAGUCACCCAAAACUACUGUUGUAACUGUUUUAACUCAGUUUUAUUGCCUCGCUGCACCUAAGAGAACAUGUAUUUCUUCAACCAUACAAAAAUGGAACUGUGAUUUCCUUAUUCUUCCAAUGUAAUAGACAAAAUAUACAUUUUCAACUCAGCUUUUUUUGGACAUGAUGUUCAGUUAUGUUAAACUCUUUAAAAUUCUUAAGCAUAUUGAUUCUGGGUGAUACUGCAGAUUACGUAUUUGCUGUCAGUUAAAUCGAAUUAAAAAGACGUUUGGCCUUAAGCCAUCAAUGCUUUGGUCGUAUUUGUCCCUCUGUCUGUUUGAUGGGUGUGACUGCACCAGGAAGGCCCUCGCAGCUCAGCUGAACUUUAAGAACUGCACAAGGGCCAUUCUUGAACAUGGCACAGGCAAGAUGCUCAACGGUGUUGUCUUUUACUUCAUCGACCAAUUAAAAAAUGUGAAAGAAAU